UUUCUCUCUGGAGUUAAACCGACUUUCCGUUCUCUCAGUGCUUAUCUCAAACUCAAUUUGGAAACUUGAGCUGAGACUCCAGUUGGCCAAUUCAGCAGGUUAUUUCUUCAGCAAGAAGCAGCAAGAGAGACGAAAAAUUAUAUGGUCGUCUUAGCUUAGGUCAUACAGCAGUAUCUUCUUCCCAACAAUUUAAAAACAUGACAUUAGCCAUGCUGCUACUCUAAAGAUGGUGCGGUUAGUGCUUAAUCAAGAUUUAGGGAGAUAGGGAAUCUUUCUUUGCCCCUUUUACCUGACGAAUACAAUGAGGCAUGGUGCAUUUUCCAAAACUCUCAACUGUUGCUGCAUGGAACUCUGCUAUACGAGAAUCUGUAAACCAAAGCCAUCCCCGAAAAGCCCUCCUUCACUUUCGUCAGAUGAAACAAAAUGGUUUGGAACCUAACAAAUAUACUUUUCCCUUCUUGGCUACAGCAUGUGCCAAGCUCUCCAAUCUCAAAUUGUCUCAAACCAUUCAUGCCAAUGUUAUAAAGUCACCGUUUCAGUCUGAUAUAUUUGUGCAAACAUCUAUUCUUGAUCUGUAUGUCAAGUGUAAUCGAUUGGGUGAUGCCUACAACCUAUUUGAGAGAAUUACCAUGAGGGACACUGCUCCCUGCAAUGUGAUGCUUAUGGGGUUUGUGCAGGCUGGUUUUCUUUAUAAAGUGUUAUGUUUUGUCCAUGACAUGAGGCUUGCCGGGAUUCAGCCUGAUACCAUUACAGUUAUGGGAUUGAUUCAGGCGAGUUUGGCCACAAAGAAUUUGGAAUUGGUGAAAUCUAUUCAUGCAUUUGGAAUUCAAAUUGGGAUAGAAUGUGAUGUUUCAAUGGCUAAUACUUGGAUAUCUGCCUAUUCCAAAUGUGAUGAUUUGGGGUCGGCCAAGGCUGCAUUUGAUGCGACUGAUAUGUGGGUGAGGACUGUUGUCUCAUGGAAUUCGAUGAUAGCGGGGUAUUCAAACUCAGAUAAAUUUCCUGAUGUUCUAAACGUUUACAAACAAAUGUUGUCUUAAGGAUACAGACCUGAAAGCACUAUUAUAAGUGUCCUUUCUUCAUGCAAUCAACCCAAUAAGUUGUUCCAAGGUGUGCUGAUUCAUUGUCAUGGAAUUCAACUGGGCUGUGAUUCUGACAUUUAUGUUAUCAAUGACCUUAUUUCUAUGUAUUCCAAGUGCGGUGAUAUACCUUCUGCUAAGUAUUUAUUUGAUGGCAUGCGUGAUAGAACAUGUGUUUCAUGGAGCGGGUAUGCUGAAAAUGGGAACCUGAAUGAGGCGAUCGAGUUGUUUCAUCUUAUGGAAGCAGCUGGCGAGAAACCUGAUUUGGUUAGAGUUCUUUCUUUAAUUUCAGGUUGUGGACAUACAGGAACUCUUGAGCUUGGAACAUGGAUCCAUAAGUAUGCCUUUUCACUUGGGUUAAGAGAUAAUAUAUUAGUGUGCAAUGCGCUAAUUGACAUGUACGCAAAAUGUGGGAGUAACAAUGCUCGAGAGCUCUUCUAUGCCUUGUCGGUGAAAACUGUUGUUUCCUGGACAUCUAUGAUUGCAGGAUGUGCUCUGAAUGGUCAAUACAAUGAAGCUCUGGACGUCUUCCGUCGGAUGCUGGAGACAGGUGUGGAACCAAACCACUUAACAUUUCUUGCUAUUCAAGCUUGUACUCAUGCAGGUCUGCUUGAGAAAGGAAUGGAGUUGUUUGACAUGAUGACAGAAGUUUUUCAUAUGAAUCCUGGAGUAGAUCAUUAUUCGUGUAUGGUCAAUCUUCUUGGACGUAAAGGUAAAUUAGAAGAAGCAGUAAAGCUUGUUAGAAAUAUGCCAAUGAAACCGGAUGCUGGCAUAUGGGGUGCAUUACUUGGUGCUUGCAGGAUUCACCGUAAUAUAGAGGUUGGUGAGUAUGCAUUUAGCCGUCUCCUUGAGCUAGAGCCCGAAGUUGCAGUUCCAUAUGUGGGAAUGGCUAACAUAUAUGCAUCAGAGAGAAGGUGGGAUGAAGUUGCUACAUUAAGAAAAGUGAUGAGAUCUAAUGUGAAAAAAAUUCCUGGGCAGAGCCUUGUUCAUGUUAAUGGGAAGCCCCGUAUGUUUACAGUAGAAUGUAGGGGUCAUCCUGACGCCUUACUUAUAUAUGCAAUGAUAAGUAGUUUGGAUUCGCAGUCAAAAGGAGAACAAGCCAUGCUCCAAGAAGUUGGUGACAUAAUCGAUUUAAAGAAAAUUGUGUGCUCUCAGGAAACAUGA